CAGCAGCAGCAGCAGCAGCAGCAGCAACAACUGCAAAUGCAACAACAACAACAACAGCAACAGCAGCAGCAGCAGCACUACCUUCCCCAGCACUACCAGCACCACCAGAGCACGCCGCAGCUGUACCGCGACCCCCAUGAGAGCAGGGAGCGCGAGCGGCCCCGGGAGUGGGGGGGAGGAGCCAGCAGCCACUACCCGCACCACUCCCAGGGACACCACCACCACCACCACCUCGCCUCCCAUGCCUCCUCCCAGUCUCUGGCUCUGCUGCCUCCCCCGCCACCGCCUCCUCCAAUUUCCCUGUCUUCCUCCUCUCCUCCGUCCUCCGCCUCGUCCUCUUCGUCGUCACAAGGAGGAUACGGCGGUGGCGGCGGCCUGAGCAUCAGGGGCCCGGGCCUCAUGGCGCUCAGGAACAGCCCCCAGCCCCUGAGGAGGACGGCGUCCGGAGGGCCGGGGGGAGGCGGGGGGAGCGACGGCGGGCUCAGCCGGAGCACGUCAGUCACUUCUCACAUUUCUAACGGCUCCCACCUCUCUUACUCCUGAUUCUCUGAUCUGAGCUCUGCUUCUUUUUAAAAGAGAGCUUUAGGUUUUUGACAUAUUUUAAGAUGCUUCUUAGAGCCGGAGCAAAGUUAAUACUUAAAAAACAAAGAAAUACCCCGAUUUUAAAUGUAAAUUAUUUCCUUUCCUGAUGUGUACAGGGACUUAAAAGUGUUCCUGAUGCACAAAGAAAGGAUGCCUUUUUUAUUUAGUCACUACAGAAGUAUUAAAAUCACUGCUAACCUCUUCCAAACAUUAUUAAUGAGUUGCACAGGAGGUGUCGGAACUAAACAAUCCCAACAAAUGAAACACAACGUCCACAUGUGAAAAUUGAGCCAUGUGCCCCAAUAUGAACAAGACAAAGUAUAUCUCAAAAAACAGACCAGAAUUUGUGCAUUUGUUCAUUGUGCGCCACAUUGAAUCUGUUGCACGGUAACGGUUGAGCUGCAGAGAGCGGGUUUAAAGUCCAGCAGGUCUACCUUCUGGUUUUCAGGCGACUGUUGUGGAGCUUCCACUUGGCUAGCGGUGCUUUAAAAACCACUGUAACUAUGUAAAUAACGGUAAAUUGUAAACCAAGUUUUUUUCUUUUCUUUUUAAAAAAAAAAAGUUACAUACGUUCAGCGAGGCGGGCGGAGGGCUCGACCAAGGGAAGAUUCCUAGAAAACACAGUUCUUUUUGUGUGUAGUGAUAAAUAAGGUUCUGUAAAUGACAAUUUAAAGAAACACUGCCACCUGUUUGUUGGGCUGACCCAGGACAACUUUACCACUGCCCUUAAGUCCCCUUAAAGGGGCGGUCUGCCUGUUUGGGAACUUUGGUGUUUUUUUUUAUCGCUUAUAAGGAACAUUGUAGGUAUAUAGAAAUGACAGAAAUUACCCUUACCCAGGAGGGGAGGGGGACAAUAUUCUGAAAUAAUUUAGAAUUUACAAGAUUUAAGUGUUACUUUAAGAGAGAAAAAAAACUCAUCAAUGUACAAGAAAAAAGGUCAUCAUUUUACUGGAUAAAACUCAAAUUUAUGAGAAAAACUACUAUCUUUUAAGUUGUUAAUUUACAGAAUAAAUUCUCUAGGAUUAAAGUCUUACAUUUACUAUAUAAAUAGUUCAAAAUGUAAGGGAAAAAAACAGAUUCAUAUCAAAUUGACAAUAAACAUUUGGAUACUCAGAUUUAUUUUACUUCAAUUAGGCUUUUUCAGUGCAAAUUAAUGUCUAUAAACCAAGACAAUUACUUGAUUUUUAAACGAAUUUUUAAAAUUAUAAUUAUACCACUUACACAAUCAUUUACAUUUUAAAAAGCAAAUCAUAAAAUGUCCCGAAAUGUCUGACUGCUCCUUUAAAGGGACGUUGCCAGAGAGUAUUUUUGAGUGAGCCAAGCACUAAAUCUCUCUGUGUGUGUGUGUGUGUGUGUGUGUGUGUGUGUGUGUGUGUGUGUGUGUGUGUGUCGUGUGUGUGUG